UGGAAACUCUCCUGAAAUGGCACUUCUUUUGGGUUCGCUCUGUAUCCUUAGUUUGUUGAGUAUUGCUGUAGCGUAUUGCCCCAUGGGCUUUGCAAUUUUGGGCAGCAAGUGCUAUUAUGUGUCAAAGAAUGCGGUCACAUGGCAAGAAGCCGAACGCAUAUGUCGAUCAAAAGAUUCUCAAAUGUUGGUAUUUAACGACGAUCAGGAAAGGAUGCUUGUGAGGAACUAUCUGAAAACGCUGGCAAUUCCUCUACAAUGCUGGUAUAGUGGCGUUUGGACGGCUAUAAACGAACUUGACAAAAAGGAAUUCCUUGUGCAUCCUUUGAAUACUUCAAUACCAUAUCCGAUAUGGGCCCCAGGCCAACCUGAUAAGCCCGAACAACAGUGCGUAUCUACCUGCGAAUUGACCACUGACGGCAUGAUAUAUCAUGAUUAUGAAUGUGAUGCUAAAUAUUCGGUAGUCUGCCAGACGGAUUCAAUUUAUCGGGUAGGUCCCCCGAAGAAUUCCAUGCAAAUGGCAGGGCAACUUUGUUUCCAACUCAACAACUUCUUUUAUUGUACAAUGAUGCAACAGUCUUGCCAAGGCGGCAAUUGCUAACAAUUCGUAUAUAAUUCAGAGCUAUUUAAUACGUUUUUCAGCAUCCGCGCUAUGAUUUAAUUAUUAUAUGGUCAUAAAUUAUUCUCUGGAAAAUUUCUCAACUUGGAUUUUAAAAUGAUUGGUCAACAUUUUAUAUAGUUUGUUAGUAAUUUGUAGAGUUUUGAAUAUCAAAUAAAGUAUUAUGCAAUUCGAAA